GGUAUCAUAAAACAAAAAUCUAAAAUCCUUUGAUAACUUGGAUAUACGAGUGGAAUAAUACAUUAUAAACCAUUGACAAAACUACAAAUUUGGUCCCUGUGGUAUUUAAAAACCUUUAGAUAGAGCCCAAAAGUUUUUCAACUUGCAUGGAAGAUCCAAAAUCAAAAUAUUUCUGUGUUUUUGGUCCAAAAAAAACUUAAAAAGACGGUUAUGCCCUUUUAAUUUCUUUUUUCUUUUUCUAUAAUUACCUUAAUGCUAUUUUAAUAGAAAAAAAAAAGCAAAAAGAAUUGGAGCAACCACAUCCCCAUCGUACACACACUCUCUCUCUCUCAGACACACACACAAACUCACUCUUUCCCUUUCUCUUUCUCUUCUUCUUCUUCCACAUCUAUAUCAUAUGAAAAUCAUGAAAAAAAACCCAAAUUGUUUUUUACUUUGCUACUAGAUUACACACACAAGGAUUCCCCAAAAAAUUAGAUUCUUAAGAUUUUUUUUGCCCAGCUUCAAAAACAAAACUAAUGUUAUUGAGAUAAAAAACGCACACACCCCACCUUUUAAUCUACAGCUUCAGUUAUUUACAAACAAUGAUGCACCUUUCCUUUAUCAUCUUUCACCAUACACUCAACCCUCUAAAUUAUCUCGAUGAAUAUCAUUGUCCUGUUCAAAUAUUUACAAACAAUGAUCAUAAAUUUUGGGAAUUGAUCAAUAGUAAGUUAGGGUUAGGUAUUAUUGAAUCUGUUGAUAAUCUUUUCAAGAAAAUUGAAUAGGUUCAAGAGCAUUGAUGAACAAGGGCAUACCUGUCACCCAUAGGCUUCGUGAAGAUCUGAAGCAAAGUCCCCUAAUCAUCUCCAUCGAAGAGCACGACAUUAUUAUUUCUAAGGGUGAUUGGGAGAGAAGAGGGUGUAGCAACAUGGGGGACACUAGAGAUGAAAGCAAUUCCGCCUUCUUUGACUUCAUUGACGACUAAAUGGACUGGGAGGUCGUGACUAGCGGUGAUGCUACGUUGGUUAGUGUGGGAAAACAUCGAGAUAUGGAUGUGAUGAAGAUGAAGAAAUGUCGAGCGGUGUUGGUGGCGUCGAACGUAGGAUUUGCUCGGAUGAAGUUUUUGAUUGUUGAAUCCUAAAUCCUACGGAUGAAGUUUUUGAUUGUUGAAUCCAUUAGGAUUUAGGGCCUCAUGACGGGAAUGGGUGUGACGAAGUCGACCUCUUUUUUAUGAGAGAGAGAGAGAGAGAGAGAGAGAGAAAGAGAGAGAGGGCUGCUUUUUUUUUCUUUUAUAUUUAAAAAAAUUCUCCAAAUAGUAAGGAAACAAAUCAAAGAAGAAUAAAGAAAUCCAAAAAUAAAAUUAAAAGGGUAUAAUGGUCUUUUCAAGUUUUUUCAGACAAAAAAUACAGAAACAUUUUGAUUUUGGAUCUUUCAUUCAAGUUAAUACAAAAAAUACAAAAAAUACAGAAACACUUUUGAACCAUAUCCAAAGGUUUUUAAAUACAGAAACACUUUUGAACCCUAUCCAAAGGUUUUUAAAUACCACGUGACCAAAUUUUUAGUUUUGUCUAAACCAUUUUUAUACAUUCUUCUAUCACAAGAAAUAUAAUGAACUCAUUACAUACACGUGUGGGAGGUCCUUAUAAAUUGAUUUCUCCCCAGCAACAAAGCGGGAAAUUUCAAUGAAGAAACGCAUGCUGCCAUUGGAGAGGAUCAAAGAACUGGAGGGAAUUUGAUUGUAAUCAAUAACAGAAACUCAAGAUCCGUUAUAAUUCAUCGGCAAAACCCAUCGCCAUGAACGAGCAUCCUGCACGGCGGCGGCGGCGGCCGCCGCCGCGCAUAGUCGUCCUCCGGACUACCACUGAUAUCCUCAAGCAAACCACCUCCAUCUUCUUCAACCCCAACAACCUCCAGAUGCUUCUCCUUCUUUCCCUCUUGGUGCUUUCUGUACGCGUUAACGUUGAAACGACUACUCAUUCCCUCACUUCCUUCAUCGAUAACGACCCUUCCAUAAAACCCCUCAUCUAUCGAAUUCACGGCCCUCCCAAUUCUACCUCUCCUACCUCCAACAUCACCACCAGACGCCGCCGCUUCCCCCAGCUCACCCGCGUCAGGACUAGGACUCUAGACGAUGAUUCCUUCCCGGGAGACUACGAGUUCGAUCAUCGAUGUUUUGGCAGCAGUCUCCCAAAUUCCCAAUUAAAUGCCACUUCAUUCAUACUUGACUCCUUCGAUCCCCAAUUGGGAUUCUCCGAUUCCGUAUCCGAUAAUGGAAUUAGGGCAUCUGAAAUUGUGCGUUCUACUGCUAAGAUGACUUUCACAUUAAUCGAGAUCAUAGAGAAAGAAGAAAACGACGUCAUCCAUAGAAGCAACAAUUCUGCACCAUUGAACGAAACGGCUGAAAGUGAAUCUGAAUUCCAGUUCUUCUUGAAGAGGUUUGGCCUCGAACACCAUGAUUUUACUGCAUUGUUGUUUCUCAUUGGUGCUCUCUCUGCUUCCUAUUGGUUUAUGAUUCUUGGAUUCGUUGCUACUUAUACUAUAGUUCAUGGAGUUAUAUUCCUAAUGGUACUGAAUGAUUUCUGUAAGAGCCACAACUCAUUCGCCAUUAAUUUCUCAAUUGGUUUGUUUUUGGGUGUGAAAAGAUUAUCUCCCUUCAUUCUCAUGAGAUGGGCAAUCAGGGAUGCUCUCACUCAUCUAUUGGGCUUCUGUUUCUUCGUAUCAAUCAAAGAUCAAUAUUCCUUCUUAAAGAUCUUCCUUAGGUACAAGUUCAUGCCAUUUUCAAUCAUGUCCCCUUGGGUUAAAGGUUUCGAGAAGGAGAUUUACUGGUUCCUAAAAUCAUGGAUCAUAUUAGACUUGUUCAUGUCUUAUGCGUUUGCUGUUCUAGCUUGGAUAGUUAUGGCGGGUUCAAGAAGAAGCUGGAGAGAAAUUGUGAAAGAAGGUUAUCAUUUACUGUCAUUAAGGCUUCAACCUGCUGUUGAUCUUAUGUUUUUUGAAGUUGUAGUUUGUGGGAGAUAUGUUAGAUGGGUGAUUUCACAACAUUUUGGGGUGUUCUUUGCUGUAGCUUUCCAGUCUUUCAUGGAGGUUUAUUUCAUGGUUGCAUGGAUGAUGUAUUACUUGUCUGUGAAGUCCAUUCAUGCUAAUUCUAGUGGUCAACCUUUUGGUAAACAAGAGCUUGAAGCCAUGCUUGAAGAUGUUAAAUGAUAGUUGAUGUUAAUUCUUGCAAAUAUGAAGUAGUAAUCUUUUGGUGUUUUUGGUUAAA